ACAGGUUAUGGUAUGCAAACCCAGAAAGGUAGGUUGUAGUGUGGCAGUUCUCUAUUUAGAUUUCAGCUAAGAUGGAAUUUCUGACUGAUAUUAUACAGAAACAGAGAGAUACUGGUUUAUGUCUUUGCCAGGACACUAACUCAAGUGUUUGGGCAUUCAGUUCUGAAGUUGCUGCUCUGUUUUAAUGAAAAAAAGAAAAAGAGGACCCCACCCAUUGUUUCUGUGUCCAUUAUUUUACCCAAUCACAACACUGCUGGAGCAGGACAGUGAUAGUAUUUUUCUUUUGCAAUUAAAUGGAAAUUAAAAUAAGAUAAACAGUACGUUUAUAAACCAGCCUUGAUAACUACUUGACAACUAACUUGGUAUAGCUAAAUGAGAAAAAAUAAUCAGAAUAAUGCAUAUAGACUUAGAUCGUUAUUAAUUUCAGAGAGGAAAAUGUAUCAAUUCCAGUGUAAAACUUGCUCAAAAGAAGUACUUACUUUCAUAUGAAUUUGAUGAAGACAGAAAGUUGAUAAAAAAAUUAUUUUUCUUUUUUACUCUGCUUAUUCUAUUGCAAAGCACGAAAACACAUCAUUCAAUAAUAAUUAAAUAACAGGGAAAUUACAGUAAUGUUAUAUGUGGAAAAUACAUCUGGAGGAAAGCAAGUGCUAUUUCAUCAGCUGUCAGUAGACGGCGCAAAUAUUUAUAUAAAAAGUUUGGGCGUUUCUAGGUAUUGUCACACAGUAGGAUAUAGUUACAGGAAGUUUUGGUUUUGUCUUUUCCCGAGUGCAUUUUCAGCUUUUUUGAAAGCGGGGAUUUCUGGGCUGGAUUCAUCACCAAGACAUAUUGAAUAGAGAACAAGGAUAUGCAUCUAUGUAAAAAACCCAGAUAAACCUGGAAAGCAUAAUGGGACACCUUACAAAUACCUAUGUCUUUGCUUGUGUCUUUGCAUUCACGCUAUGGAAUAAUAUCCAUCCAACUGUGGAAAAUGAAUUUAUUGCAAAUUAUUCAAGCAGUUUGCUAACUAAUGUUCCAGAAAACAUUCCAGUCCAUACUCAUGUAUUAGAUUUGUCACAUAACAGGAUCUCUGGACUUGGUAUCUCAGAUUUUAUUUCUCUUUCUGAUCUUCAGGUAUUAAAUCUUUCUUAUAAUCUAGUUACAGAGCUUAACUUUAGUGUCUUCAUUUUUAAUGAAGAUUUAGAAUACUUAGAUUUAUCUCAUAAUAACAUUUUGAAACUUUACUGUCAAACUCUUGUGUAUCUUAAACAUUUAGAUCUGUCUUUCAAUAAGUUUACUGCCCUGCCCAUCUGUCAGGAAUUUGGGAACAUAGUUUGUUUGGAGUACCUAGGAUUAAGUGCCACGAUGAUACGAAGGUCAGACUUCAGGUAUAUAACGCAUCUGCAGCUGCACACUGUCUUUCUAACAUUAGAAGACUUUUCCCUGUAUGAGCCUCAGAGUCUGACAGCCUUGAACACAAGGAGCCUCCACAUUGUGUUUGCAGCAAACCAAAACUUCAGUUUUCCCCUAUUGUAUGAUGGAAUGAGCACUUCAGAAAACUUAAAAAUAGUUAAUUUAAGAUAUACCUUGAGCUAUAAAGAUUUCCCCUCUCCUUCUUUAGCACUUCUGAAGGAAAUCAAGACAACAGCUCUCAUGCUUGACACUGUGGAUUUACAGUGGGCUAUAAUUUUGCAGAUUUUCCUGUUUAUUUGGUAUUCACCUGUGGAGCAUUUGACUGUGAGAAAUUUGACUUUUCGGGGACCACUGGUGGAGCUGACUGAAUAUGACUUUCUACCCUUAUUAAGCUCUAUGGAGCAAUUAAUCUCUUUGCGUGGCUCCAUGAAAGUACUAACUUUGGAGCAUGUUCGUAAUAAGGUUUAUUAUUUCAACCAGGAGGUACUAUACAGAGAGUUUUCAGAGAUGAAUAUUGCCAGUUUGACAAUAUAUGACGCAUAUAUGCCACACAUGCUUUGCCCCAAUAGAACAAGCUCAUUUCAGUAUUUAAAUUUUUCUCGCAAUGCCCUGACGGAUGAGCUGUUCCAGAAUUGUGGCACUCUGACAGAUUUGAAAUUACUUAUUUUGCAGAGGAAUAAAUUUGAGAGCCUCCCCAAGGUUAGCUUCAUGACCAGCCGUAUGAAAUCACUGAAAUACCUGGACAUGAGCAGCAACUUGCUGCGUCAUGAGGGAGCUGAUGUGCAAUGCCAAUGGGCUGAGUCUCUGACAGAGCUGGACCUGUCCUCAAAUCAGUUGGCAGAUGCUGUGUUCGAGUGCUUGCCAGUCAACAUCCAAAGUCUCAACCUCCAAAACAAUCAGAUUAGCAGUGUCCCAAGGGGAAUGGCCGAGCUGAAAGCCUUGAAAGAGCUGAAUUUGGCAUCGAACCGUCUGGCUGACCUGCCAGGGUGCGGCGACUUUACAUCCCUGGAGUUCCUGAACGUAGAGAUGAAUUCGAUCCUCACCCUGUCUGCCGACUUCUUCCAGAGCUGUCCAAGGGUCAGGGAGCUCCAAGCCGGAAAGAACCCGUUCAAGUGCUCGUGUGAACUGCGAGGCUUUAUCCGUGGGGAGAGGCAGUCUGGGGGGAGGCUGUUUGGCUGGCCUGCGGCGUACACAUGUGAAUACCCAGAGGACUUGCGAGGGACACAGCUGAAGGACUUCCACCUGAGCGAGCUGGCUUGCAACACGGUGCUGCUCCUUGUGACAGCUCUGAUGCUGACACUGGUGCUGGUGGCUGUCGUGGCCUUCCUGUGCAUCUACCUGGACGUGCCGUGGUACGUGCGGAUGACAUGGCAGUGGACACAGACGAAGCGGAGAGCUUGGCACAACCACCCUGCAGAGCGGGAAACCGUUCUGCAGUUUCACGCCUUCGUUUCAUACAGUGAGCGUGAUGCUUUGUGGGUGAAGGACGAGCUGAUCCCGAACCUGGAGAAGGGCGAGGGCUGCAUGCAACUGUGCCAGCACGAGAGAAACUUCAUCCCCGGCAAGAGCAUUGUGGAGAACAUCAUUAACUGCAUUGAGAAGAGCUACAAGUCGAUCUUUGUGCUGUCCCCCAACUUUGUGCAGAGCGAGUGGUGCCACUAUGAGCUGUACUUUGCCCAUCACAAGUUGUUCAGCGAGAAUUCUGAGAGUUUAAUCCUCAUUUUACUGGAGCCGAUCCCUCCCUACAUUAUCCCUGCCAGGUAUCACAAGCUAAAGGCUCUGAUGGCAAAGCGAACCUACCUGGAGUGGCCGAAGGAGAGGAGCAAGCGUGCCCUUUUCUGGGCUAACCUGAGGGCAGCUAUUAACAUUAACCUGCCAAUAUCUGUUGAAGCAGAUGAGGAGCAGAGUGAUGUUACUUCUACCAGUAAUAUAAGUCAGUAUGUGAAUAACUGACUUGACUGUCUUGCAUAUAAUUUUGUUAAUGAAUUUUUUGUAGUCUUUUACGGUGUUCCUAGUUAGUAGCAAAAUGUUAUUGUGAUAGAUACAGCAAUUGCCGUUGCUUAUUCCUGGUUAAGGGUUGAAAGUCAGAGCCAUUAAUCCUUAUUUAACAUUAUUCUCUCUUCAUUGUACUAAUCAUUCCCACUUGCCUAGAUUUACCUACCAAGUCAUGAUUUCAUAGAAUUCAGUAUUCUUUGUCUUCAAAAUAAUAUCUGAAUUUUUGAAAUUUUUAUAGUACGAUACUGCUGCUUUUUGCCAUGAUCAUAUCAAGCUAUAUGGGGAGCUCAUUUUCCCUGUUUUCUAAAAGAUAGAAGCUUGAUGUUUGGAGAUGAAUCCCCUUUUACUUUCAAUGAACUCUUUUGCUUUGCCCUUCCAGUCAUCAUGCAUGUGAGAAAAAGCAGUUUUCAUUGGU